AAACAACACAGCCGUCGAUUACAAAGCCACGACACUCUUCGAUUCUCCGCGGCGUUUUAGUUUUUCCUCAAAAUAUGUGAACACACACCUGAAGCUCAUUCACAAGACUCUUUUCUGAAGGAAAAUCGUGAGUUUUCCGCAUGAUUAAGAUGGAGAUUCCGCCGGGGAUGAAAAUCGUGCUGUGGCUCAGCCUCUACAGCUCUGGCCUAUCUGUCAUUAUUUUUUUCCUGCUCUUCGUCUUGCUCAGAAAGAGGUUCAACCGAGCAAGGAAGAGGCACAGGGAGGCCGUCGACACUCCGACCGUCGCCUUUUUCCACCCUUACUGCAACGCCGGCGGUGGCGGAGAACGGGUCCUCUGGUGCGCCAUCAGGGCCAUGCAGACAAAAUUUCCUGAUAUUAAAUAUGUGGUGUACACCGGCGACAUCGAAAGCUCUCCUGAAGAGAUUCUGCAGAAGGCGUACAAGAGGUUCAACAUCAAAGUGGAGGGCGAAGUGAAUUUUGUCUACCUGCACCGGCGGCCGUGGGUGGAGGCCUCCAGGUGGCCGCACUUCACGAUGAUCGGCCAGAGCAUUGGCUCCAUGUGGCUCGCCAUCGAAGCGCUUGACUCUAUUGUUCCAGAUUUGUGCAUUGACACGAUGGGCUACGCGUUCGCACUGUCUUUGUUCCAUCAUUUGGGCGGGUGCAAGACGGCGUGCUACGUGCAUUACCCUACCAUCACGCCGGACAUGCUGCAGUACGUGUCCAACAAGCACCGUGGCUCGCUCAAGGCCAUCGUCAAGCUGCGCUACUACCGCUUCUUCGCCUAUCUCUACGCCAAGGCCGGUGCCACCUGCGACCUCGUCAUGGCCAACUCCUCCUGGACGCAGGACAGACUCGACCAGGUUUGGAAACGUCCUCUGGACACGCACAGGGUGUAUCCUCCAUGCGAGGUGUCCGAACUGCUCGCCAUUCCUCGCUCGCCUGAGCUGGACAACAAGCAAGACGAGUUCCGAAUCCUCUCGGUUGCGCAGUUCAGGCCGGAGAAGGAUCACCCGAUGCAGCUGCGUUCGCUCUACGCCCUGAGGGAACUGCUCUACGGCAACGACGCGUGGGAAAAGGUGAAGCUGGUGUUUGCCGGCUCGUGCAGACACGAAGAAGAUCACAUGCGGGUGCAAGAUCUGAUGAAUCUGGCCAAGCACCUGGCCCUCGACGACUAUGUCGAGUUCAAGAUUAAUUUGAGCCACGAAGACCUGAUGGACGAAUUCAAGAAGGCCAAGGUUGGCCUACAUGCUAUGUGGAAUGAGCAUUUUGGCAUUGGUGUUGUCGAGUGCAUGGCGGCGGGCCUGCUGACGGUAGCGCAUGGCUCUGGAGGGCCUUUGAUGGACAUCAUUGAGACCGCUGAGGGCAGCAGGACAGGAUGGCUGGCCACCGAGGAGGUCGAGUACGCCAGAAUCCUGUACACCCUGGUCAUGUUGUCCGCCACUCAAAAAGACAUCGUUCGCACUGCAGCCAGGUCCUCAGUCGGGCGUUUCUCCACGGACGAGUUCAACAAGAGUUUCAUGAAUGCCGUUUCUUCCCUGGUUUCUAGUCUGUAAAAUGUUUUUUUGUGAGAUUAUUGAGCAAUAAACACGAGCAAAUUUGAAUAAUUU